AAAAUGCCAGGGUGUCACGACAAAACUGUAUUAGGCCGAAAAUUUUAUGUGGUGGCUGAUCCUAAACAUUUUAGUGCGCUGGCUCAUAUCAGUACUUCCGUCGGCUUCUUCCUUUUUAGACCACAAUAAGUUGCAUGCUUGCCCAAGGAUGCCCGUUUGAAAGAAUUAACCACGGGGCUCGAUGAGAUACUCUUCACUCGACGUGGACAUAUAUCCCUAUUUCCGAAGCGUCCAGCUUAGUGACCGGCAUUCAACAGAUUAUACAUGGAUACUCCGGACGUUCCGGCUCCAACUGUCAAAGGCAGGAAGAUACAUCCGCGGAUUUCCAAAGCCUGUCAGGAGUGCCGUAGACGCAAGGUCAAAUGUGAUGGCGCUUCAAUGUGCAAGAACUGCGAACAGAUAUCUGUCGCUUGUACCUAUCGGUCAACGACUCGAAACAGGAAGUCGGCCAAGCGAGCAGCAAUCGCUCAGUCUCACCAACAGCCACUGUCUUUCAUUGAAGGCCGGCGAAAUGUGAUUGAUCCUCGAACAUCUCUGCAUCAUCAGGAGGAGUUGCAUCUGACAGAGCCUCAAACAAGGUCCGAAAAGAUCCAAACAGUUGAAGAAGAUGUCUCAGAUUUGCAGUCCAACACAUCGCAGACGCAUGGCGAUAAGUAUAGUACUGCGGGUACCAAUUGCAGCGUAUCUGCAACCCAUCUUACGUCCGCACACUGCAUGCUCCAGCUUUACUACGGCGCAUCAUCCAACUUUUCGUUUUUGCAGCAAAUCCACCAUAGUCUUUCCGGGCCUGCAAAUCCAUCGAGACCACGCGACGAAGUUGAGGAGGGUGGUGCAGGACUCGACUUUUAUGGGCAGCGUUCUCUAUUUUUCGGAACAUCUGAUGCCAGCUACCAGUUAAACGGACACGCAGGUAUCUCGCCGCUAACUCUCCUUUCUGAUCAACUCGCCGAAUCAUUUCUCGAAGAUUACUUAAACACAAUCUACCAUCUCCAUCCUUUUCAGUCAUUGUCCGAGCUACGUCGGCUAGUCAAGCUGUUAUAUGAGAAUCCCCAAAUGAGAAACCUUGGCACUGAUGAGACUGCUAUCUUAAUGGCUGUUUUAGCCAUUGGUGCCACUAUGACAACGAACACAUUGUGGGCCGAAAUGCUAGCUGAAAAGGCGAAAAAUAUUGCGAACACAUUAGGCCACGUUGUGAACCUAAAAUCUGUCCAGCUAUCCUUACUUCUGGCUCACUACGAAUCUAUUCUUGGUCGUCCCAAUUCGGCGUAUCUUUAUCUUGGCAUAGCUGUACGAAAAGCAUUUGCAGCAGGUCUACACCGGGAUUCACCAACUUACGAAGCAAAUGGGAGGAAACAUAUACAACAACAGGAAAGACGCACAACUAUAUGGUGCCUCUAUUUCUUCGAAUCCCUGAUUUGCUUCGCUUUAGGCCGACCCAGUUCUAUUGCCCGUCAUGAAAUAAGCAGUCCAUACCCAGAUAACCAGCCUUUCAUUUCAGCACUCGUCAAGCUGACACAUGUGAUGUCGGAAGCUGCAGCAUCUAUAUAUGCAUAUCAGCAGUCAUCACUGCAAGAUCUUUACCGCAAAGCUCAAAAUAUAUAUCGGGGACUACAGGAUUAUGCAUUAGAUGUACAAGAAAGACUCGGAAUCUGUUUGACUAAACCAUCUGUGCCUACUGAGCUAGAUGUUCAUCACAUUUUCCUACAAAAUUUGUAUUAUCAUACAUUAGCUCUUACUUUCCGACCCUUCCUGGUGGCUGAUAUGGAUCAUCAAAAGUCAAAUGUCAAGUCAGGAAAUUCUAGCGUUUCAAGAAAUCAAAGUGGUCGACCGUCGAUUGAGAGCUGUCUGUGGGUGCCAGAAGCAUGCAACCAUGCGGUGGACGCAGCAUUCAAGCUGAUUCACUUCAUAUUUACCGCCAUUGAACAGAAUGUCAUGAUGAGGGGUGUAAAGUUCUUCGCUUUCUACGUUGAAGGCGCUUGCUUCUUACUGAUAUAUGAUGUCCUGCGCGACCGUUCUGCCAAGAAUAGAAAUGUAUCUGCUGUAAAAGUUGGACUGCAAUGUCUCAAAACUAUGGUGCCUGGUGGAGGAAUGAUCACAAGCAACAUCUUAUCUAUUCAGAAGUUACUUGAUACUCUUGAUGAGAUGCCUUUGUCGGCAGCACCAAGAGUUAAUGAUUCUGCUUCAGCUGGCUUAGACCAAAUACCGUCCCUACCUGACAACUUUGGUUUCAUGACAGCUGCGCCAAAUUAUGUACCAAGCCAAUACGGGGCCGCUAGUUAUCCAUUGGAUACACUAGUGAACUUUGCUGCAGGUUGGGCUACUUUUAAAGACGGUCAUUACAUGAGCCAGAGUAUCGUUCCUGAGCCCGAACGCUUCAACCCGGAUCUAUUGGGCCAAAAUUGGGAGUUCGACAAUGUCUUGAAUGUUCCGGGAACUCUUUUCUAGGUUGGUGUGUUUAUUCAUUCAUCAGUUAUCAAGUCAGUAUCCUCUAUACAUUUGGCAUCAGGUAGACAGACGCAUAACCCUUGGUGAAGUGUCAGAUUUUAUCCGGCAUCGGAUUGCAAUAGGGUAUAUGAGGGCUGGAAUCCUCCAUAUGUGAUAGAGAGUAGGGCUCAGCGCGUCAAUACUAGCACCCUAGCACUUCCUUGCAACACCAACGUCUGACAUGAAGUCGGACCAAAUUCAUUGGCUCAUUCAAAUUA